AACUGAGCCGGCUAACACUCCUUUAUGCAUUACUGAGGCCUCGCUAGGGUUUAAGCAUUUAGGUAACCAAAUAAACUCAAUAUGUCUAGGAUGGUAGCCAGCCAGCCAACCAAAGAUGCCGAAAGUUCCUCUGUUGUGAAUAAUAUAGGGCUCAGAGCAGAGAGCAGAGAGCAGCCACAAGUUGGGCGGAUAGCACACACUUGUUCACGGGAUCGACCGGAUCAGAUGCCGUCGUCCUCGUCCGCCUCCGGCGUAGGCCUAGGGCGGCGGCGGCCUCCCAUUGCAGCAGGGGGGCCUAGAAGAAGCGAUAGCAGAUGGUGGUGGGCGAGAUUAAUGGAGAAGAACUAUAGUGAUGCUGAGAGUUAUCGCGCAAGGAGGCCGGAAGAGAGGCUGAUCAACGAUUACCUGCUGCUUGAGUCCGCCGCACGGAAGGUCGCCACCGGCCUCGCGUAUCUGUUGCUGACGUGGUCCACCGUUGUCCUCCUUGGUGGUUUCGUCUCCGCGCUCAAGCUCAUCGACUUUUGGUGUCUGGCUGCCAUUAGUACGUCAUUUGCAGUCAAUCUAGCAGAUUUGUUCGAGUACACGAGGGGAUAUAUGUUGGCGGCGGCCAGUGUGUACGCUGGACUACGUGAUGAUCGGCCAUCAUCUAGGAGUUGUCGCUUGGGUGUACAUGUAUCCAUCUUGCUCGCUGAGGCCUUGCUUGGGGUGCUGAUAACUGUACAUUUUGUUGUGGUUCAAGUCCUUACUUUUGCGCCGGUGGUUGCCAUAGUUCUUUCAUUGUCCAGGCUAAUUGCAAACAACUAUGGCAAUGUUGGUGACGAUGCUGCCAAUUCAGCAAAGCUCAAGGCAUCCCUGCAGAUUUUCUACUCUCUCACCCUGGUGCAGAUUAAUGCCUUCUACUUCUGGAAGAUGCUGGUCCUUAGGAAGAAACAUUGUGCGUCUGCUGUGGCCAAGAAGUGCAGAUUUGGGGAGUGGGGCUUCCGCUUGGUUUGGUCAUACAUUGAAGAAACCAAAACCAUGCUCGAGAGAGACGGGGCAGUGCUGCGGGGCAGAAACCUGAUCACCUUCGCAGUUGGCUUGCUCGGCUCCGAAUCGCUGCACGACCGUCGUUCUGCACUUCGCAUGCUGGACACGUUCGUCGGAGACAAGGUGUCAGUAGCACCCUGCCUGCUGCCUUGCAGGGGUCCCCUUGAGAACCUCAUGGAAGCGCUCGAGGUGGGCGAUGGCGAGACCAGGGAGCGUGCCGCUAGGAUCGUUGCGGCUCUUGCUGGCGAUCUCCGCCGCAUCGAUCAGCUCCCCAGAGCAUUGCAUCACAUGGCUUCACUGCUUCAAGCCUCUGAUUAUCGGUUCCCCAGACCCAGAACUACAACUGCAACUGAUGCAAGAACAACGACGACAAGCAUGCAAGAACAACGACAACGACAAGCAGCAGAGAGCAAGCGCGGGAGGUUUGGGCUGCUAUUCUGGGCGAUCCUGUCUUGUCUCAACUUCUGGGAAGUCUUGGCGAAAGAGAAAAAGGAAGACACCUUCCCCUCUGGCGGCGGACCAAAGCAGCUCGUCUCUCAAGGGCUGCUUAUCGUUGAGAGACUCGCUCGGCACCCAGCAAACCGUGCCCAGAUAUGCAACAACAGCGUCCUGCUCUCAAAGCUCACAGCGCCCCUAUUCUCCCAUGCUUUCCUCGACACCGCGGAGCACGGCAGAGGAUGGGUUGUUGGCAUGUUAGCCACGUCGCUGAGGAUCAUAACCAGGCUGCUUAUUAGGGCUCCUGGAGAGGCCAGCAGAGGGCUGCGUGACGGGAUCACAAGCAACGCACAGGCGGUCUCUAACCUGUCCAGGGUUCUGGAGGAGGAGGACGACGCCAAGUUUGGCCCGGAACUGAAAGCAGCUGCCGUUGACAUCCUAGCAGAACUAGCGUUGCCUUCAUCAGACAGGUCUUCCACCUCGAGGUUGGGCAAGGCUGACAUCGUCAGGGGGCUGUGGUGCAUCUUCCUUGUUCAAGUGGACGAUGGCGUUGACGGCAGCAACACUCAGGGAGAGGAACAGCGACAGCAGGAUAGCACACUGAGGAAGAAAGCUAGCGAAGCACUGGCACAGAUGCUGUCUGCAGAACUGCGUCAUGUUGCUGGCCGGCUUACUGACAUGCUGGCUAAAAGUAAGGGCUCCACAAGUCGAGUAAGGACAGCAAGAACCCUCGAGUGCUUGUGUUCACAUAUUUCUACAGAACAUGGACAGCCUCCAAGACUGGAUGCUAUUGAAAUGCUGACAAAGGUUCUUCAGCUGAUACUACGGAUCCCAUGCGAAUCAAACAAGCUGGAGACGGCUGACGAGGAGCAGCAAGAAGAAGAGGAAUUCCUGGUCGCCUUGCUAUCACUUGCCGUGGUGAUAUGUGACGGCAUGGUCGACGAACAUGGCUUCAGCUGUGCUGCGCCCCCUCAAGACAUGGUGCCGCUGGUGAGAAAGCUUAAGGACAUAAUACAGGCUAACAACACAACCACGGUCGAAUGCCUGCGGACAGUGAAGCUUACCUGCAAGCUGGUCGUUUCAAUGGCACAGCUCAAGCCCAUGUGCAUCAAAGAUUUCACAGAGCACAAUUUCAUGGAUGUACUCUUGGAGUCUUUGAAGACGUUGUCAGAUCUCGAUAACUGCCUCGUAUUAUUUGAGGUCGAUAAUCAUUAUCAGGUGACAAAGACUGAUAAGCCACUGGUUUCACUUGUGAAGAAAGCUCAUCAACUCUUCUAAAAAGCAACGAGAACAACCCGGUAAUGUGUAUGUGUACGCGUGCAUGUGUGCGUGCACGCGCGCAUUGUCAAGUCUGCAUAUCAAUCCAAUAGUGCGCUGCGUGAAAUGAUGUGAAACUCAGCCUGAUAAGAUAAGGCGCAAAACGCCAUUGCUUACGGUAUUCAACCA